CGUUCCGGCCAAGGCUGUCUCUGCGUUCACUGCCAUCUCACGCCUCGUCGACGUGUCCCACAGCGACGAUGGCCCUCAUCUCGUCACUCAGCGAUGUACUCGGCUAUACAUCUAUCGGCUGUUGGCUUGGUGCUCAGUUCCCGCAGGUGCUCGAGAACCUUCGUCGACGUUCAGUGAACGGUUUAGCAUGGCCAUUCCUGCUCAAUUGGCUUUUAGGCGAGGCAUCUACUCUGGCUACGCAUCGCGACAUAUCUAACCUUGUGGGCUGCAUUCUGACGCAUCAACUACCCUUCCAGACCUACCUCGCAAUGUACUUCUGCUUUGUCGACGUCACACUUGUCGGUCAAUACCUCUAUUAUAGCAAUUCCGCGAAACCGCGGCCACCACUCUCCAACCGCUCCCGUGCAGCAUCUUCUGCCACCAUCACACGUAUCGAGCAUCCCCCAGCGCACUAUCGCGCGCUUUCCCAAGUCGCCGCCAACGUAGCAGCCGCUGCCGCGCUUGCCGCUCAGCAAGAAGAACAGUCUCGUUGGCGCCCGCACGCACAAGCUAGUGUCGAAUCCCGACGUACAAUUCUCUCUACAGAUCCAGGCGAAGCGGAGGACGAGGUAGAUGAAGCCGCGCUGGCUCGUCUCGCAGACAGCCUAUAUUCGGAGGGAGGCCGCAAUACUGCGCGCAAAAAGGUGUCGUGGAGUCGAGAGCGCGGAGGCAGCAUUGGCCGGGGUCGCCCGCCAGUCAUGUCGCCCAUUAACGAACCACUAUCUACAACAUUCCCGAACGGUCCCUCAGAAGAACAAGGCUUCUCCGAUCGCGGCAGGCCCGCCACGCGAAAUAUCUCACUAGAUGGGCCACAACAUGAGUGGACGGUUGAAUCAUCGAACCGGAGGAGCUCGCGGGCGAGUAGGAAAGGUGCGGGGAUGGUGUUUCUUGGAGUGUGGGCAUUGUUUGGGAUCGGGACGCUUGCUGGGAGCAGGCAAGGGGUCGUGACUGAGAACGCCAUCCGGGUUGGUCGCGUCCUAACGAACGGUCCACCUUCCAUCGAGAGCCCGUUAAUACCAACAGUGACAAGCAGGACAGAUACUCUGGCCAGGAUCGUAGCAAACGAAGCACCUGUCCCUCAAGCCGAUGCCUCACUGUCAUACGACGACCUUCACUUCUCGCAACCCAUCAUGUCGACUCGAGCAGACGACCCAGAUGACCAACAUGAUGCCCCGAGCACAGACUACAUCAUUGGGCGUAUCUCAGCUUGGAUAUGCACCACGCUCUACCUCACCUCACGAUUACCCCAGAUCUGGAAGAACUACACUAGAAAAUCAGUAGAGGGCCUUUCGAUCUCGCUUUUCGUCUUUGCCUUCUUGGGCAAUUUCUUUUACGUCUUCUCCAUUCUCACUUCGCCCAACCUUAGUCUUCCGGAACGCGAAGCGGCGGCUUUUCUCAAGGAGAGUGUACCAUAUCUUCUUGGAAGCGGCGGCACAUUGAUGUUCGACGUUACGAUCGUCAUCCAGUCGUUUCUUUACAAGCCGAAGGCCAUGCGGGGUCGGCGGCUGUCGCGGCCAAUCGCUGAAGAAGAAGAGGGCUUGCUCGCGACUGGCGCAGAAGAUUCUAUCACCCCUUCGCGGCGACGUAUGGCUAACUCGAGCGUGAGCGACCGGGGAGAGUGAUUCCUGCAGUGGGCGUGGACUUACCCUUUUGCAUCAUCUUUGUCGUCAUCAUAUGCUUUCUUACAUCGCAACAUAUUUAUUGGCCAUGUGUGUAGCAUUACAAUAAAUUUACAGUAGUAGUUAAUGAGCUUCUUUGAGAUGGUCGUCUUGACCAAU